ACAAGAAUUUAAAAGAUUAAUAAAUAAUUAUUUUAAUAAUGAAAAAACAAUUCUUUUAGAUAUUUUUUAUUUCAAUAUAAAAAAAAAUUACAAUACACAACAAGAUAAAGAUAUUCAUAUUCAAGGAUGUUUUAUUUUAUAUAAUCAAAUGCUAAUAGGAUCUUACCUUAAUAUAGAAGAUAAGAAAGAUGAAAAAGUUUUAAAGAAAAUAGAACAUUUUGAAAUUAAGAAAUUAUUAAAGAUUCAAAAAAUUCAUUUUGAUGAAGCAAAUGCAGAUUUUGAUUAUUCAAUUUCUUAUUGCAAGAAAAAAUAUAAUCGUUGUUUUAAAUAUCAUAAUCAGCCAAAUUCAAAUGAUUCAGAAAAUAAAAUAAUGAGAUGUAGAUAUGAUUUUCAAAAAUUAAAUGAUUUUUCUAAAUGUAAUUGGUAUGAUAUUGACUGUUGUUCAAAGAGAACAUUAGCUAGGUAUGACAAUGAAUCAGGUUUUUUUGAAUAUAGAACAUAUAAAACUAGUUCAAAAAAUUCAGAAGAAAAAAACCAACAUCAAUCUUUAAAAAACAAAAGAUAUUUGAUAAUAGAUGAGGAAAUAUUAGCAAUUGGAAUAAUGAAUAAUUUAAUUGAUGGAAAAAUAUCAGGUGAUGAAGUUACUGUAAAUUAUGCAAAAGAUCAAUUGAGAUGGGUUGUUAACAAUGGAUCAGCAAAUAUUUCUGCAAUCAGCAAAGUAGUAAAAAAUAAUAGUCGUGUUGGAAAAGGAUAUCUAUUAUCUGUAUUAUUUCCAAAUGUAUAUAAAAGAAGAAAUAAUGGUGGAAGAUUUUGGCAAGGUUUUACAAGUUCACAUAAAGAAGUUUUAGUAAACGAAUUCAAAGGUCAAGAAAAAUAUUUAGAAACGUUGAAUCUUUUAGAUUGUAAGGAAUAUUCUGUUCAGAUUAAAGGUUCUGAUAUUAAUUUUUGCCUUUUUGUGAUUGCAUAUACUGCUAAUACAAGUAUUCAAUUCAUAUAUGACUUUUGUGAAGAUGAACAUUUAAAACCUAAAUCAGAACAAAAUAAUAAUAACACUAAAUUAUUUAGUAGUGAUAUUGAAGAUUUUUUUAAAUUUAAAUUUGAAAUUAAAUUUAAUUAUGAUGUUAUGUUAGAAAAAGCAAAAAAGAUUGUUAAAGGAAGAUAUAGAACUAUAGAAAAAUUAGAUAAUAUUCUUUAUUAUCAUGAUGAAUAUUUAGUUGAUAAAAGCAAAUAUAUCCUAGGACCUAUUAAAUUAUAUUAUUCUGAUUUAUAUAUUCCUGAUAGUAGAAUUUAUGUUGCAGAUAGAGCAAGAAGAAGAUUGAAAGAAAAUCCUCUAGGUCAUAAACAUGGAAUUCCAUCUUUAGUUGUUGAAUUUCCUGAAAUUAUUCAAAAACUAAAGAACAAAUAUGAAAGAAAAGAACGAAAUAUUCUUUUUCAACGAUUACGAAAGGAUAAAACUACAGAAAUUUUACAAUCUAAUAAUAUUCAAAUCAAAUCUUCAUCUAAAAGAAAAUAUAUAGAAAUAUUAGAUAGUAGUAAUUUUGAAACAGAAGAAUUAAAAAUACAAGAUUCUGAAAUUAAUGCAGAUUUAGAAUAUAAUUAUGAUUCUGAUAUUUAUUCUACUGAUUCUGAUUAUACUCGUACAAUAAAAAAAAGAAAAUUCAAAGCAGUAGAUAAUUUAGAAAUUGAUAUUAAACAAGCAGCAAUUCAAAGUAAUAAUGAGAAAUUAGAAAUUGAUAUUGAACAAGUAAUAAUUCAAAGUAAUCAUGAGGAAUUAAAUAAAAAUAAUAUAGAACAAAAUAUUAUAACUAAUGAAGAGAUGCAAGAAGAAAUAGAAUUAGAUAUAGCAGAUGAAGAAAUAUAUCAAGAGUUUAAUAGAAAAAAUAGAAAUAAUCCAGAAUUCAAACAUAUGAAAA